AUGUUUGGCGGCGGCGGCGGCCUUCAGCAGACCCAAGAGUCGCCCGCAGUGCACCACACGCCCGUGCGUCCCUCGCCACAGACCAGCGCAAACCCGCCCUUACGGGUAGCACCACCUGCAGACGUCGCAAUGGCCGACCCGGGAGGGCCGCCCGCGAGCUCACAGCAAACAGCAUCUGGGGACAGUACCGCUGGGCCCCACCAAACAAUCCAGCCCCCACCCAGCCCACGCUUUGCGCCCCAGCAGCAGACGCCCGCGCUUGCAAACUCCCAUCCCCAACCAGCAUCUGUGGCCCCGCGAUCUGCUCAGCCGUCCCCGGUGCCGUCGGUACGGUCUGCCCUGGACGUCCCGGGAACCUCGCCGCGGCGGAUCAAGGUCAAGAACCUCUCCCACAUCCAGAGCUUUGCUACAGACGAAUUCAGUCCCUUCUCGCAGACGCGAUCGCUGUCGCGGCGUCAGCGGCGAGACCCUGGCGACGUAGGCCCGCAGUAUGAGAUUAGCGAGAUGCCAGUAGGCGACAUCAUUGAAAUGGUGGCCGGCCUGCUUACCAAGAUCACAACUACAAACGACCGGCAACACGACCACAUGCAGCGUCAGAUACCGCCUCCUGAAGGAGCAUCUGGUCUCAGCCAACAGACGACGAGUGUUUUAGCGUUUCACGGGAAGAAUGUGCCGAGCAUAUCCAUCCUCAGCUAUCUCAGCCGGAUUCACAAGUACUGUCCAACCACGUACGAGGUCUUUCUGAGCCUCCUAGUCUACUUUGACCGAAUGACCGAAAAGGUCAAUGCAGGUCCUAUGCUCAGCCUGCGACAAGCGAACCAAAAGUCGCUGGAACGCGCCAAUGCUCAGGCUGAUGCUUCCAGCUCAUCAGUUACUCUCGUCGAUGCGCAGGAUCAAAGUCGCCAUAUGGUUCAAGCGGCGACACCACCUCCUUCUGGUUCCCUGGGUAAACCCGCACAGACGCCUGUGCCAGAGUCUCAACCACCUUCCCCACCACAUCAGGACCUAGAUUCCGAUCCUUAUAAUUUGUCCCACUUUUUCGUAGUUGACAGCUUCAACAUACAUCGCCUCGUUAUUGCCGGUGUUACUUGUGCAAGCAAAUUCUUUUCAGACGUGUUCUAUACCAAUUCAAGAUAUGCAAAGGUCGGCGGUCUUCCCUUGGUGGAGCUCAAUCAUUUGGAGUUGCAGUUCCUUCUUUUGAACGACUUUCGGCUCGCUGUGCCACUGGAAGAAAUGGAAGCAUAUGGUACGAUGCUCGUCGAAUUCUACGCACGCGAGGUUGCUGAGCAACACGAACGUCAAUCCGGAAGAGCAUAA